AUGCCCUAUUCUAUGCGUCACAGACCACAGGGCUGGUCGAAAUGGACGCGUAGUCGACUUCAGGGUUGCCACUGGCGUCGUUUGGACUCGCAGGCGAUGCCCUAUUCUAUGCGUCGCAGACCACAGGGCUGGUCGAAAUGGACGCGUAGUCGACUUCAGGGUUGCCACUGGCGUCGUUUGGACUCGCAGGCGAUGCCCUAUUCUAUGCGUCGCAGGCCACAGGGCUGGUCGAAAUGGACGCGUAGUCGACUUCAGGGUUGCCACUGGCGUCGUUUGGACUCGCAGGCGAUGCUGCAGGUGGACCUGGGCGAGGAGUGCGGCGGCCACCACUCGGUGUUCGCAUGCCCGAUCCUGCGGCAGCAGUCCUCCGAGCAGAACCCGCCCAUGCGGCUCCUCUGCGGCCACGUCAUCUCCAGGGACGCGCUCAACAAGCUCGCAAUGGGCGUCAAGUUGAAGUGCCCCUACUGUCCAAUGGAACAGUCACCAUCCGAAGCACGGCAAAUAUACUUCUCU